AACUUUUUCCAGGGAAUGUCAAGCAAAUAUACAUAUCAAAUAAAAAUCACCUAUCACAACAGCAAUUUAGCAUAUUUGGUUCGCGCUCAGCGCCAACUGAUGACGAUCGCUAUUGGCAAUCGGAGCCGAUCCGAUCGGCGACAUGUUUUUCAGCCCAUAACGGGGGUUUUCAGCGGCAUUGGGGAGUUGUGGUGCCGGCCGAGCGUCAGUUGAAAAUCGUGGGUCGUCGGAACCGCAGCCACCGCCGCCGCCACCGCCGCCGAAAUCCGCAGACAGCAGCGCUCCGUGGGGAAACCGAAUCCGCAUCCGAAUCCGCAUUCGAGUCCGACUAUCAUUUAUCAAUGGAAUGUGAGCGAUGUACACGGUAGCAGAGCCGCAGACCACACGACCUCCCGCCCCUCCGCAGUACACACGCCCCCCCUUUUGCAAUUAGGGCCAACAAAUGCCGACAGUCUUGGAAGUGGCAAGAGUUUUUGGAGGCCAGAUAUAAAGUAUGGCAAAAGUUAAAAUUGAACUUGUUUGCGCCACGCUAAGGAAUUCACGAAUAUAAAUGCUAUAGUCAGCACAUGCAGCAGGCGAAUCUGGGCGACGGUGUGGCCACCGCCCGCCUGCUGUCCAGAUCCGACUGGGGUGCCCGGCUGCCCAAGUCCGUGGAGCACUUCCAGGGACCUGCGCCCUACGUCAUCAUCCACCACUCGUACAUGCCGGCCGUGUGCUACUCCACUCCGGAAUGCAUGAAGAGCAUGCGGGACAUGCAGGACUUCCAUCAGCUGGAGCGCGGAUGGAACGAUAUUGGUUAUAGCUUUGGCAUCGGCGGCGAUGGCAUGAUCUACACCGGCAGGGGAUUCAAUGUCAUCGGAGCUCAUGCACCCAAGUACAAUGACAAGAGCGUGGGCAUUGUGCUGAUCGGGGAUUGGAGAACCGAACUGCCGCCCAAGCAGAUGCUGGAUGCGGCCAAGAACCUGAUCGCCUUCGGCGUUUUCAAGGGCUACAUUGACCCCGCCUACAAGCUGCUGGGCCACCGACAGGUCCGGGAUACCGAGUGUCCUGGAGGCCGCCUGUUCGCCGAGAUCUCCAGCUGGCCGCACUUUACCCACCUAAACGCCACCGAAGGCGUCAGCAGCACUGCGGCGCCCGUCGUGCCCCAUGUCCAUGCACAGGCGGCAGCACCACAAACGCCGCACCAAUCCCCGCCAGCUGCGCCCAAGGUCUAGGCUGGAUUGGAGGGCCCUCAUCGUCCUCGCAAAGCUUACGAGUUUAAGAGAAGCCACAACGAGCUCGGCUCCACGCACAACGCCAAGGAGUUCAUUCAGUAUUCAUUAGAUGUCUCUUCUAACAUUUCACAAAUAAAGCAAUUUCUAGAUGAUAACACUUAA